CCGUGUCCUCGCGAGAAGCAGCGGCUCGGGGCGUCUGCGCGGAGAAACGGAAGUGUAGGUGUCGGUCUGAGACAUCGCCGCCAAGCUGGGAACCGGGGAGAUGGCCGAGACGGACCCCAAGACGGUGCAGGACCUCACGUCGGUGGUGCAGACGCUUCUGCAGCAGAUGCAAGAUAAAUUCCAGACCAUGUCCGACCAGAUCAUCGGGAGGAUCGACGACAUGAGCAGCCGCAUCGACGACCUGGAGAAGAACAUCGCAGACCUCAUGACCCAGGCCGGGGUGGAGGAGCUGGAAGGCGAGAACAAGCUGCCUGCCACGCACAAGAGUUGAGGGUUGCUGGUGGCUCGCACUGCUGUCCGCAGCGCCGGAUCCCUGGAGCCAAGGCCAGACCGCCGGGCUCCGCCUGGGCUCCGCGUGGCCGACUGCUGUGUAGGCUUCCCCUGUGCCAGGCAGUUAGGAUAGAGUGACCCCUCCCCGCAGCCCUGCAGGUCCUCAAACAUGGUGUCUUCGCCUCUUCAUCAGUGUGCUCUCAAUUAUUAAACACUAACCCUUCAGUGGUUACAGCAGAACACAGCCCAUUUUUAGUGUGUUUGUAAGGGCCCCUCUUUGCUGCCAUCCCUUUUGUAGUGGUUGCUAUUUGGUAAGGUUCCUGUGAAGUUUUUGUGUUAGAUACAUAGUAAUUUCCACUGAAGUUAAACUGCCGUGAAGUUUGUAGACUUUAGGAUUAAGUCCCACCACAAAGUAACUGACAGGAGUAGCCCACUGGGUGUCUGUGAUACUUUUCAAAGGACUAGAAACUUUUUUAAAACCUUCAAAAACAGCCCCUGCUGCCCUGUUGCCAAAAGUCAGAACUGGUGUCAGUCCUGGAGAGGAAGUGCUGACGUCACACUGCUGCGUCCCGUCCCCGUGUGAGGACUUGUGUCACACAGAAAAUGCCAGAACACAGGCUGAUACGAGAAGGUGCGCGUGUGUUAGAAUUUUGCAUGGAAUUCCAUUUGUGUGCGAUGUUGUUACCACAGAAAAAUCUGGCAGGAUUUUCCACUUGGGUCUCUCCGCCUUUUCCUUGAGCUUCAGAGUAAGAAGGAGAGAGACCAGGGCCAGGCCACACCUGCUGCUGGGUCGGGAAACGGCCCUGUCUUGGGGAGUCUCCAUCCGAGCUGUGUCAGGCAGGUCUUUGCAGAGCAGUGGUCCAUCGGUAACGGAAGACCCAGCGUGCAGUGUAGCCACUCCGGGCUGUGCGGGACAGAGGCCCUGGUGGCCUGCAGGGAGCCGGCGGCGAGAGCCCAGUGAUUUGGCCUUCGGGUUGCUGGAUCACCAGCCAUCGCUGUUCACACUGUAAAUGUGUAGUAAUAUGGAAUGUGCCCUGCUGAGGUGCUGGGGGGCUUGGCUUCCAUGGGUCCCACUCCCGGGGGCUGUGGCCAGACCCCGUGAGAUGGCAGCAAGGUGCAUGGAGAGGGCAGGCGUGGCCAGGGCUCAGGGACACUUGGCUUGCUUCGUGACAGGCCUCCAAGGCAGGCUGCUCUGACCCAGAACGUCUGCUCUGAAUAAAGGUGCCGGAAAUCCUGCGACCAACA